CUGGGUGGGAGCAGCGUGCAGGCUACCAGCACCAAGUGGUGCGCCUCUCGGGGGUGUGUGCAGAAGGCUCCAGGAUAAAUAGGAGGCUCCCAGCGCUGGGCGACACUGGAACCCGCUGGCUGCCCGCCCCGGGUGUUUCCCUGCCCUGUAGCCAGGCUGCCUGCUGCGUAGUUUCGUUUCCUCCUGGCUCAGGGAUUAGUUUCCAAGCACCCUCUCGGUGCCGGGCCCGGGAAGGGCACGAAGAAGGAGCAGGGAGACUCUUCCAGGGGCUGCCCUGCCCCGCACAGCACGGUUGAUGGACCCGGCCGCCCCGGGCAGCGGCGUCAGCUCCCUGUCGCUGCUCCUGGUUCUUGCCCUGGGUCUUGCAAUUCUCCACUGUGUGGUGGCAGAUGGGAACACAACCAGAACACCUGAAACCAAUGGCUCUCUCUGUGGAGCUCCUGGGGAAAACUGCACAGGCACAACCCCUAGACAGAAACUGAAAACCCACUUCUCCCGGUGCCCCAAGCAGUACAAGCAUUACUGCAUCCAUGGGAGAUGCCGCUUCGUGGCGGACGAGCAAACUCCCUCCUGCAUCUGUGAGAAAGGCUACUUCGGGGCACGGUGUGAGAGAGUGGAUUUAUUUUACCUCCAGCAAGACCGAGGACAGAUCCUGGUGAUCUGCUUGAUUGUGGUCAUGGUGGUAUUCAUCAUUCUGGUCAUCUGUGUCUGUACCUGCUGUCAUCCCCUUCGGAAACACCGUAAAAAGAGGAAGGAAGAGAACAUGGAAACUCUGGGUAAAGAUAAAACUCCCAUAAGUGAAGAUAUUCAAGAGACCAAUAUUGCUUAAUGGUUACAAAGUUACCGCGAGCUGGUGGUGAGCUACAAAACACUUUGCUCAUUUGCAGAUGGACAGGAGGUGUCUCAGGAAAACAGCUAGCAGAAAUGAAUGUUUAAAUAUUGUAUUUACCUUUUUAUUUUUAUUUGUAACUUUGUGUUGUUUGUUACUGUUUUUAGUAAUA